UACUUGCAAUGAUCAAUAAUUAUAUUGAAUGGAAGUAAUUAUUACAUCAAUUUACAUUAAGCACGAUGGAGAAAAUGUUUGAAUUGGGGAAGCAGUGAGUCGAUGAGUAAGAUUUCAACCGACGAGUUGCAAGGGUGAAUGAUAAUUAAGUCAUUGGGAUAUAUUUAUUUAUUUAUUAAUGAGUAUGUUAAAGAAAGAUUAGAUUAGAUGGGAUUAGAAAGUUUGAAAGUUGUGUGUUUUAUAAGCUGUCGUCGUGUUCUCUCUCUCUCUCUCUCUCUCUCGCUAAGUCGAUGAUGGGACUUGCAGAGCUGAGACUGUCGACCGAGAGCAGCAUCAGCAGCUAGAGCUAGGGUUUUCGAUUCCAAAUCCAUAUCAAUUCAGAUAUUCAUUGAAGAAGCAUGAAUUCUCCAUCCACCCAGUUUGUCACCUCAAGAAGGAUGGGAGUGUUUGAGCCUAUCCACCAAAUAAGCAUGUGGGACGAAAGCUUUAGGAGUAGCGGUAAUUUUAAUGCCUCAGCAUCCAUGAUACUGGAUGAAGACACAAAACUAGAUAACCAGUCAGAGGAUGCUUCUCAUGGAAUUCUGGGACCUUCUAGCAAGUAUGAUCAAGAAGCAACUAAACCUACGGACAAGGUGCAAAGACGUCUUGCACAAAAUCGGGAGGCUGCUCGUAAAAGCCGGAUGAGAAAGAAGGCCUAUGUUCAGCAGUUAGAAACAAGUCGUCUGAAGCUUAUUCAAUUAGAGCAAGAACUUGACCGGGUGAGACAACAGCAGGGCGUGUAUAUCGGCGGUGGAUUGGAUACUAAUCCUCUUGGAUUUUCUGGCACCAUAAACUCAGGCAUAACAACAUUUGAGAUGGAGUAUGGACACUGGGUGGAAGAACAAAAUAGGCAAAGUUGUGAACUGAGAAAUGCUUUGAAGGCUUGUAUAAGUGAUGUAGAGCUUCGGUUCCUUGUGGAUAACGGCAUGAGUCACUAUUUUGAACUUUUCAGCAUGAAAUCAACUGCUGCAAAAGCUGACGUUUUCUAUGUGAUGUCUGGGAUGUGGAAAACAUCAGCUGAACGGUUUUUCUCGUGGAUUGGAGGGUUUCGCCCUUCAGAGCUUCUUAAGGUUCUUCAGCCUCACCUUGACCCGUUGACAGACCAACAACUUUUGGAUGUUCACAACCUUAGACAAUCAUGUCAACAAGCAGAAGAUGCUCUUUCUCAAGGUAUGGAUAAACUCCAGCACACUCUGGCCGAGACUGUGGCAGCUUGUCAACUGGACGAAGGCAGUUAUGUCCCGCAGAUGGCUAAUGCAAUGGAGAGAUUGGAAGCUCUCGUGAGCUUUGUGACCCAGGCUGAUCAUCUUCGGCGGGAGACCUUACAGCAGAUGUCACGCAUCCUCACAACCCGCCAGGCUGCUCGAGGCCUUGCUGCCUUGGGAGAGUACUUCCAUCGCCUUCGGGCUUUGAGCUCACUCUGGGCUAAUCGUCCGCGUGAGCCUGCCUAACUUUAGCAUCAAGAGCAUUCAAAGUGUCGAGGCUCAAUAUAUCAACAGGAUAAUUACUACCAGAAAAGAAACCAGAGGUGCUUUGGGUAAUGUUGUCCAUAUCCAUACAUAUGUAGACAUAACAUAAUCCAAGCUGCUGAAAAUUUUCAAGCAGCAUCCCAUAUUUUCAGAAGCUGUAAACAUGGAAAGUCAUUUUAUCUGCAGGAAGCUUCGAUGUAAAUAAGUUUAUUUUCGAUGUCUUUGUAUGUUAGAAAACGAGAUUUAUAGAAGUUAGGAUUUGAGUCUUAUCGACGGAACUGGAUCAUGUAACGAGGUUAUCGUUCUUCUUUGAUGUGUACAUGACCGUUAGCGAGGUUAUCGUUGUGCCUUGAACAUGAACGGUAUUGUUCUGGAAAGGUUUGUUAAAAUAGGUCUUGAUAGUA